AUGAUAUCCUGCGCCUUUAUUUUUAUGUUACGACACUUGGAUUGCAGUUCUCCUCCAGAAAAUGUUUUAAAUUUCAAUCCCCCAGUAUUGGAACGUAUGGUCAUUCUGGGCAAUGAUGGUGGCAAAUCAUUUUAUGGCGCUUACGAUAAUCCUAUCUUGGGCAAGUUCCCUGUAACCGAUACCAAAUUUUAUUUAUCUACGACGAUCAAAAAUAAUGUUGAAGAUGGUACGAAUAUAAAAGCAUAUUGUUCAAAAACUAUGUCUUCCGUGGAAAUUGCAGAGUUACUCGGAGAUAUCAUGUCGUCUGAGACAGUAGAGAAUCAAGACCUUGUACCCUCUGAUCCGAAGUAUCAGAUAUGCUUGGCCCAAAUCCAAAAAUUGACGGAUAAUCAAGGAACGGAAUCUAAUCACCAACAUGUUCAAUCACCGAUAUCAGCAGCAAAUCUGAACCAGUUCCAACGUUGUUCAAAUAGCGACCUCAUCAACUUGGCUUAUAGGGGUCAAAUAUCAGUAUCAGGAACAUUUAGCUACUUGGCUCCACCAAGCCAGAAGGCUCCACUAAAAGUAGCCAUGAACCAGCAUAUUCGUUUUAGAGAUUUGGCGAAAAGUUGUCAUGUCUAUGGGCUAUUCGAAAAAGAAGAAGUCGACGAGAUACUUAUCUGGUACUUUGACCAUCUUCAUAUUUUUAGGAGAAACCCCGAUACUCCAAUAUGGAUUCCAGUGACGCAAAUCGGUUCAGAGAAUAGAAAUGGUGCAGUAAUCCUAAACUUUAUUCGCAAGAAUACAGAUGCCUUGACACAUUUUAACAAAAUCAUUCGAAAAUCGGGCCUUUCAAGCAGAUUAAACGGUUGCCUUCGCGGGUCUAUUAGCUGCGAUAUCCAAAAGAAACAGAAUAUAGGAAUAAUAAUGGCUCAUAUCAGUAGUAUAGAAUUUAAUACAUAUCCUAGUAAUUUUAAAUAUUUUUAA